CUGAGACAAUAUCAGUCUCCUCGUAGACCCUUAAGCAGCUCCCACCCACCUAGGCUUCCGUAGCCCAGCUCCUACACUGUCUCUUGGGUGUACAGGAGGGUAGGCACUGGGACACUUUCUGGAAUACUUUCAACUCUUCUUCUCCUCCUUGAACAUUCUUUUCUUCUUCUCUAAUUCCUGAGAAUUCUCCUGAGGCUGCAGGCAUGCCUCUCUCGAUUUCCGCCCACCCUAACAAGAGGAAGAAGGUCAACAAGAUCAUUACUGAUCUGACCAACAUCACCCAGGAUGAUGAAGAGUCAAACCCUGAGGCGUCCGAAUUUGAUCUGGGCACAAAGAUCAACACUCCUAAAGACACCAUGUUGGAGGAACUGUCUCUUUUGACCAACAAGGGAUCCAAGAUGUUCAGGAUGAGGCAACAGAGAGUGGAGCACUUCAUCGUCACCAACGAGAAUAUGCAGAAUCUCCAGCAGCUGGUUCCAUCCCUGGGGUGUGAGACGACAGCCCCACCACUCACUCAGGAACUGGAGCACGAGGAGGAUAAGGAGGCGGAGGAAGAAAAGAAGAGACAGCAGUACGUGCAGACUUACGUGUCGCCGUGGGAACGGGCCAUGAAGGGAGACGAGUCCCUGACCUCUACCAUGCACCACCACAUGGCUGGACCACAUACCCCCCACGACAUGCCUAAGUUCAAGAGCUUCAAUAGGACGGCCCUGCCCUAUGGCGGCUCCGAGAACGCGGGAGGCCACUUGACCUUCGAGCCUCCCGAGAUCCUAUUCGCCCAGCUGGAGGCGGAGUCCCUCCACUCCCUGCAGGGGGACAUUAGGUCCCGCCCCUCGUUCAACCGCACCCCCAUCGGCUGGGUGUGUAACCUGGAGGACAACUCACACAUCCACAUGGAGCUGGACAACAUGCUGCCCUUCGACGGAGAGACGGAUGAUCUGUAGACACACACACACACACACACACACACACACACACACACACACACACACACACA